AUGCGCCGGCUCUUGGGGUCUCACCAUGCAGUACUACUGCACCACACACUUCCCGACGCACUAUUAUUAUUAUCAACAUCAUCAUCAUUAUCAUCAUCAUUAAGAUCAACACGAACUACUAUGAUCAUACCAUCAUCCACAGUAGCAUUAAGAGGGAAUUUCCGCUGUAUCUCCACAGCGCCUCCUCUCUCGUUGCUUUCAUGGUCUGUGGAUGCCGCCGGUCACACUUAUCGCCGCUGCAGACGUCGACUUUCCAUUCAUGAACGUAUUCCGCUGAUCUGCAGUACCAUCACAGAGGCCGCCCCAGACAUUGUGGCCCUGCAGGAUUCUCUCCCCACUGUUGCGGAAGCUCUCUGUGGGUUUAAUGCCAUUCAGAAGAGUAAUAAUAAUAAUAAUAAUAAUAAUAAUAAUAAUAAUAAUAAUAUCUCGAAUACAGGUAAAGAUACAUCUAUGCAGGUGACAGGUGAAAAAAAGAAGAAUUUACCUCAAUAUGAUUUAAUAGGUUCUGUACGUAAUGGACGUUGUGGUUAUUUACAACUAUUUAGACGACGUGAUUCACUGUGGGGUGGACGUCUUCUUCCAUGCUAUCCAUCACUCACGGCGGAGUUUACCUCUUCUUUUUCUUCUUCUGCUGAUGAAGUUGUUGGGAACACCAAACAUGAGGAAUCCAAUACAACGACAACAACAAUAAUAGGAGGAGGAACAUCACAAGAGAAUAAAGCCAUUGGUGGUGUUCGCUUUGUUUUAACGAAUGUGGAUCUCUCCUAUCGUGGUAAAAGUCUAGCCGUGAGCGGUAAACCACUCAUUUCACCUGAUGUUAGUACGAAUGGUAGUCCCUUCACGUUAAGUGUGGGUCCAUCUACAUUACCCAACACCCGCGUAAAGGGACAAUUAGACGCACAUCGAGAGACGGCACUUAUGUUUGUUUCUCAAGUUGCACGGCCAGAUGUGUUGAUGGGAAACUUUUUUAUGGGACGAGCAGAAACAAUGCCGGGAUAUGAUGAUGCGUGGGUUUUAGCAGGGGCACCUGCUGAGCAUGAACGCACAACCAAUACAUUCUUUCAUCAUAAACAUGAUACCGAGACGAAUCAUUUUUACUUUUUACCAGAAAACAUACAAAAUUCAGCAGGGAGUAUAAGUGAGAUUGUGGAGAUACCUUCAAAUACACCAUUAGGUACGAAACUCUCACUUUAUGCCUGUGCUCAAAGGACAAAUAAUAAUAAUAAUAAUAAUAAUAAUAAUAAUAAUAAUAAUAAUAAUAAUAACAGUGAUAGUAAUAGUGAUAGUGAUAGUUCCGGUACGGUUCCCACACCUUCAGGGAAGAAGAAGAAGACGAUGGGAGAGGAAGAGUUGAGAUCUCAUCAUGAGGGAAGACCGCAGGUUGCCGGGAGAUUUCAGCGGUGUUUCUUUCGUUCCUCCUCCUCGUCAAGGAAUCACAAACAACAACUUCCCCUCUUUCGCCGGUAUGAACGGCGGCAAUUAGUUGUGCUUAGACCUUUCACAGAAGUAUCAUUAACAGAAGAAGAGGCGAAGGGCCAUCAUGGUAAUAGUCCUGUGCGCUGUUCGGCUUCCGAUGGAUAUCCCAUUUUGGUGCUUUUGUCGUAA